UUAACUGGAUAAGCAUUAACUUGAUUGUAAACUUUCAUUAUGGCUAAAUGUAUCAUAACAGUGUCUGUCUUAUGCGUUUUGGCAGCUGUUGCAGUUCGCGGUGAAGUUGAUAAAAAGGCUGCCAUGGCCGAUUUUGUGGCUAAAUCAGACUCAUGUAAAGCUGAAGUGGGUGCCAAGGAAGCUGAUGUAGCUGAGAUGAUGGCCAAAAAGCCCGCUUCCUCUACUGAAGGUAAAUGCUUGCGUUCAUGUGUUAUGAAAAUGUAUGAAGUGAUGGAUUCCCAGGGCAAAUUUGUCUCAUCUGUUGCUUUGCAACACGCUGAAACAUAUUCAGAUGGUGCUGCAGAUCAAAUGAAGAUGGCUCAAGAAAUUAUUGAUGCCUGCUCUGGUAUUGCUGUGCCAUCGGAUCACUGUGAAGCUGCUGAAGAAUAUGGCAAAUGUUUUAUGGAACAAGCCAAGGCACAUGGUCUUUCCGAAUUUAAAAUGUAAAUUGGAUUAAAUUGUGCAUUACGAAAAAUGCUUACCGUUUUGUUAUACUUACUCUGACAGUCUUUAAAUCAAAAAUUUUAAAUUAAAGCAAUGUGUAAAUAAAAUUACCGAAUAUUAA